UUGAACGCUGCCCGGCCCUCAUUCCUUUUACCGUGGCGGGGUCGCACCGGGACACUCGGUCUGUCCGACCUGGAUUCUCCUAUAGUGUCACAAGGCGACUCAUUCUGGAUAUAUUUCCUUUUUUCGCGCUUUGAGACGUCCAUUGCCUCCAGAUGUUUGGAUGGACACUGUGUAUGAGGACGAUUGAAGCAGCUUAAAUAGUUUCUCUCUGAACCAGAAGCUGAAAUCUCCACCUGCCUCUGCAGUGACAGAUAUCGAAGAGACUGUGAACAACGUGAGAAUGAUGUUUAGGCCCUGAUGCCCAGCAGUAUGUCAGGGUACAUACCAAGUUACCUGGACAAGGACGAACUUUGUGUAGUAUGUGGAGACAAAGCGACAGGAUAUCAUUACCGCUGCAUAACCUGUGAAGGCUGCAAGGGCUUUUUCAGACGCACAAUCCAGAAGAACCUGAACCCAACGUAUGCAUGUAAAUACGAGGGGAAAUGUGUCAUCGACAAAGUCACGCGGAACCAGUGCCAGGAAUGUCGCUUCAAGAAAUGCAUUGCAGUCGGAAUGGCGACCGACUUGGUGCUGGACGACAGCAAGCGUAUGGCCAAACGAAAGCUGAUAGAGGAUAACCGCGAGCGGCGGAAACGUGGAGAUCUGCAGAAGAUGGUGUGGGAACGACCCGAGCCCUCGCAGGAGGAAUGGGAGCUGAUCCGCAUCGUCACUGAGGCCCACAUGGCCACCAAUGCCCAGGGCAACCACUGGAAACAGAAACGCAAAUUCCUGGCUGAAGACAUUGGUCAAGGCACGAUCGUCAACACGCCAGAGGGGAGCAAAGUGGACAUUGAAGCCUUCAGUCAGUUUACAAAAAUCAUCACCCCCGCCAUUACAAGAGUGGUGGACUUUGCCAAAAAACUGCCUAUGUUCUGUGAGCUGCCAUGUGAGGAUCAGAUCAUCCUGCUCAAGGGCUGCUGUAUGGAGAUCAUGUCUUUACGUGCCGCCGUGCGCUACGAUGCUGAGAGUGAGACGCUAACACUGAACGGAGAAAUGGCAGUGACGCGUGGCCAGCUAAAAAACGGUGGUUUAGGUGUGGUUUCGGAUGCCAUCUUCGACCUUGGUGUCUCACUGUCCUCUUUUAACUUGGACGACUCGGAAGUGGCACUUCUACAAGCGGUCAUUCUGCUCUCUUCAGACAGACCAGGUUUAUCAAGCAUAGACAGAAUCGAACGCUAUCAGGAGGAGUUCCUGCUGGCCUUUGAGCACUACAUCAACUACCGCAAGCACAAAUUGGCUCACUUCUGGCCCAAGCUUCUAAUGAAGGUGACGGACCUGCGCAUGAUCGGCGCGUGCCACGCUAGUCGGUUUCUGCACAUGAAAGUGGAAUGUCCCAACGAGCUGUUUCCCCCUCUCUUCCUCGAGGUGUUUGAGGACUGACAAAGACCCACACAUCACCACCUGACCCCGUUUCCUCUUGGCAUUGUCGUUUCUCCACACCUCUUUGGACAUGAAUUUCAUUGUUGCUCACUACUGAGUGCUGUUGCAUUCCAUGGAUUUAGAAGUAGCUCUCGUUUCUAGACAGACCAUUCCUCUUACGAUGCGGGUACAUGUGAAUAGUAAUUUUUACUUCUUUCCACCGCUUCGCUUUCUCGUCCUGUACUCUUUCUCAGUUAGAUGUGUUUGUUGUACAGUUUUCUGCUGAUUAUAUCUAGUUGCUUGGCGCUAGCCCAUCACUCGUCCAGUUGUGAGAUCAAUGCAUUUAAAUCAUGCAACAUUCGAUUUAAAGCAGAACAGUCCUGCACCACACUGACGGGAACUUUAAAAAACAUACAGUCUUUAACAUGGUUACAAGAACUCACAAGAAAGGUCAACACCGUUAAGCUUAUCGUACAAUGAAACUAAAAAUCGUUCUAAAUUUAUUAGCAUUUUAAACAUCGUCUCAGGUUUAUUUUUUUAGUCAUGUGCCACAAUGUGACAGUAAAUCAGUUUCAUGCCUAAAAACACUGGCUUCAUCCCUAACCGCAUAUUUUUGUUUUUAUGUUGGUUACUUCCACUGGCGUGUACAAAUUUUGCAAGCUGUAUAUUAAGCUUGCAUUUACUUUGGGAUGCAGCAUGUGUUCUUCUUUCAAAUGCACCUACAUGUGCAGUGCUUAAUGUUCCAAGGAUCUGGCCUAGUUCAUCUGCCAAUUUUUAUUUGUGGCUUAUGAGUUCCUAAACACUGUGGCACAUAAAACAAAGUCUGUAAUAUUAUAAUAAAUAAUAUAUUUGAUUAAAUAUGUAUGUAUUCUCUCCCACAUUGCAGAACUUCAAAUGGUCAAAGCAGGCAGGAGCUUCCUUUCAGCUUUUCCUGAACGUUGCCGCUUAUAGGUGCCAAAUCCGAUGUUGUCUCUUUCUAUCCAUCUGUCCUCGUAUCAUUUAGUCUGCUGAACCAUCUGUGACUAUUCCUCGUACCUCAUAGGAACUCUGUCAUGUUCCGUGUCAUGUUUAUCAUUUAGUCUGCUGGACCGUCUGUGACUAU